AUGUCUUCAAACGCCCAGUCCUUCCUCCAGCGCACAUCUCGCUACGCAUCCAAUGCGCCGACCGUCUACAAAGCGCUGCUUACUCUCCAGAUCCUCAUCUACGUCAGCGCAUCCACCACCGUCUACGGCUCCACAUUUGUCCACCAUGAGGCAAUCGAUCCCCGGCUGCUUAUCCCGCACGUCGUCCUCUCCACGCUGCUCACGGCUAUCUUCUGCGCGGCAUGGCUGCUAGAAUGUCUCUGGGGCGUCGUGAAGGCGGAGCGCGACGCUGUGAAGGAUGUAGAGGGGGUUGCUGGAUCCUCUGCGUGCCACUGCGGCGGUAGCAGCGGCGGCAGCAAUUCCCUCCGAAUGGUUAGCAUUAUCGAAGAACCACGCACAUCCCCUCCACCUUCCAAUCCCUCAACCCAGCAGCAGCGCGCCCACACGCCCACUUCCACCCACCGCUCCCUCUCCUUCUCCACCGUCAACCAGCAUGCCGAAACCAUCCGCGAGCCCGUCCCCACCCCCAACCCCAACUACAACGCCACAGUAGAAGACGCAGAAGAAGAAAUUGAACCUCCCUUUCGUCGCGGUACUCCUCGUCCUCCGCUCUCACCACAAGCGCCCUCACCAUCACUGAAGCGGCGGUCCUGGAAGAACCCCGUACAGCAGCAGCCAAACCCACCAUCCAUACCAGGAGAGGACCCGCACGAGAAUUGGCAGAAGCGAACGUCGAGGUUGCCGGAGGGAAUGAGGGCAGGGUAUGCGGAUAGGGAGGUGUUUUAG